GUAAAAAAUAAGUCCUCUUCUGCAACACAAAUACACAAUUCAUGUUCUGCCGAAACUCUGUUCGGAUAUUACGAUUUUAAGAGUAUUACUAAACUAGGUUAAAUGUUUUUAGUGGAAUUUUACUUAGGACACGCAAGUGCUAUCUGCUAGAUAAAAGAAAACAUCUGAAAAUCUCCAAACAUAUCGUGAAAGGGUGUGUAUUUUCUUAGUUUCCAACAAUGGCUGAGACGUCCGACAUUUCUGUGAAUGAACACCAGCAGCAGCAGCCGCAACCUACGCCGGAUAUUUUGGAUGGUUCGAAAAACAUUGAUAACGUUGAGCCUGCCAGUGGUCGUUCGUCUGGUUUUAUAUGUGGAGUGGUAGAAGGCUUCUACGGACGACCUUGGACAACCGAACAACGGAAGGAUCUUUUCCGAAAGUUGAAACAAUGGGGAAUGGAUUCCUACAUCUAUGCCCCCAAAGAUGAUUAUAAGCAUCGAGCCUACUGGAGAGAACUCUAUACCGUCGAAGAAGCGGAUCAUUUGACUGGAUUAAUUUCUGCGGCCCAUGAGCAGAACAUAGAUUUUUACUAUGCUCUUUCACCAGGACUAGAUAUCACGUACAGCAGCAGUAAGGAAAUAAGUGCUCUGAAACGUAAACUCGAUCAAGUUUCGCAAUUCGGCUGUAAAGCAUUUGCGCUUCUUUUCGAUGACAUAGAGCCGGAGAUGAGCAAAGCGGAUAAGGAAAUUUUUCAAAGUUUUGCCUAUGCACAAGUCUCGGUCACGAAUGAAAUCUACAAUCAUCUGAAUUGCCCCCGCUUUCUUUUCUGUCCCACCCAAUACUGUAGCACCAGAGCAGUUCCCACCGUGAAACAAUCCGAAUAUCUCAACACAUUAGGAUCUAAACUAAUUCGAAAUAUUGACAUUUUGUGGACCGGAUCCAAGGUGAUUUCUAAAAUACUAACUGUUGACGAUAUACAGGAAAUCACUGAAGUUCUCAAACGUGCCCCGGUCAUCUGGGACAACCUGCAUGCAAACGACUACGAUCAAAAGCGAGUUUUCCUGGGUCCAUAUUCUGGGCGCUCUCCGGACCUAAUUCCUCUGUUGCGUGGAGUCGUCACCAAUCCGAACUGUGAGUUCCAUGCCAAUGCAAUUGCCAUACAGACUCUCGCUUUCUGGAGUAAAUGUAGUUCCGAUACUAAAAUUAGUUCGUCGAUUUCGUCCGACAUCAAGUUGGAGACGGAGAAUGAGGAAGGAAUCUGUCAAGAAGAAGCACCAGCGUUCCUACCGAAGAAUGUUUACCAUCCCAGAUUGGCACUGAAAAAUGCUAUCGCCAACUGGCUACCCGAGUUUUUCCAGGAAAAACAAGCAUGGGGACCUAUUAGUAAACCGCAGCCGGCUGUCACUAUGGUUAUGCCAGUUAUCCCAAUUAUACCUUCCGUGAAUACCUGUAUGACGUUAACCUCGACCAGCACAACUACAACCACCAGCGCGAAUAUCCUACCAGUUCCAGAGGUUAAUACAACCCAAUUACAGCUAUUCGCUGACGUAUGCAGCACAGUUACGAAUGCUUCGGAAAAUGUCCCAGCGCCCAUAAUGAACUCCUUAGUAUCGGCAACGAAGGUGAUAACUAAUGAGACAUUGCCGAAUCCGGUGGCUGCUGCGGUAAGCAAUAUUUCGAUCCCUUCAACCAUACCUAUUUCCAGUUAUCCUCUCCCGAUCAUGAGUAUUAAAGCAGUCGAGGAUCCUGCGAUCGGUGCAUCUGUGUGUGAGGAUUUAACGGUUAGGAAGGACUCCAUUGAAGGUGAAACCGAAACCAUUAGUAAGCCGUUGGAUGGAGACACUGUUAUUGAGAAUGAUUUGGAUCAUAAACAGCUGCUCGAAUCCAGCGAGAAGCAAGCGUCGCCUGCCUCGGAUAUUCCUCUGCUAGCGGACGAGGAAUUCAAGACUAACGAGUACGCCGAGGUCCAACUGGACCAGACGACUGAAAUACGAAUGGUGGAAGAUGGCGAUUCCGAAGUGAAAAUGAUUGAUCUGGAGGAAAAUGAAGUGAAGAUGGUGGAUGCAAGUGAAGUUGACGAAAAAAUGAUCGACAGUGAGGACGGGGUUCUUAACCCGAUUAAAAUUAAUGUAGAGGAUCAAGACGUGAAGGUCGAUGGAGCGUUGAGUACUAUUCCCCGACCAUGUUCGACCACGAUAGGUGCAGAACCAAUGGAAUGUGGAAGCAAUUUUACGUCGCCAAAACACGUUCUGAAGGCACAUUUUGAUGAUGUAAUGAUGUCGGAAACUACUUCGACAUGUUCAGGCAGUAUGCAAGUGGAGAGUUCUGAUACUUCCCUUAUGUCGAAUGCGGAAAUGGUCGAGGACAAAAGUGCUAGUGACAAGGAAAUUACGACUCACGACAUAAUGCUACUCUGUGAUCUGUUUUAUUUGCCAUUCGAGCAUGGGAGCAAAGCGCUGCAACUGCUGGCUGACUUUUACUGGUUGAAAACGAACGCGAGUGUUCUUUCCCGAUUAAAUCUGAAAAAAUCUACCCCUGGUUCUUCUGAUGCCAAAUCCACUGGAGCAUGCAACAGUGCAACAGAUAACCGUGGAAAUGGUGAACAGCUAAACGGCAUUCCUCCGGCCUGCCUAGGUUUAAAUAUAAAAGAUAGUGGCAUAAGAAGUGAAGUACAAGAGUGGUUACGUCGUUCAGAAUCGUUUGAGAACCUUUGUCAGAAUAUUUUCCAGUUGGCAAGAAAAAUUGCCCGAUGUGCCAACAAAGAACUCUGUUACGAUUUGUUCUCCUACGUGUGGGAUAUCGUUGCCGUUUUGUCGCUGUUAAGCGCGUUCGUCAAAUGGUUAGCGCUAGGUCAUUUCCCAGAUAACGUGAAUUCGUUUACUCAGGGUGGAUAUACCUGGUUCAGCAAAGGCUGGAAGGAAACGUUCAUGUCUGGUGAUCAGGAACCUUGGGUUUUUCGCGGUGGUCUCGUGUCAGAUCUCCAACGUCUUAUCCCACUAGACGCCGGAAACGAUUUGUUCCUUUACAAACUGCCCGAAACGUCUGCUGUAAACUUGUAUACGCUACGACCCUACCUAUAUACCGACGAGACAUCCUUGUACAGUAUUUGCAAUCGCACAAUACAGGACGGUGACGAAAUCAGUGAGAGACUACCGGAUGGUUUGUCGAAUUUGUAUGCUGAUCUGGACCUUGGACCAUUUCUGACGCUUGCUCCGGAAUUUUGCAUACUAAUUGAAGACAACAGCGCUGGUGUUGUUGGGUACGCUUGCGCUGCGCUUGACACGAAAUCGUUCAUUCGGAAAAUCGAACAAUGUUGGAUACCGGAGAUGUGUUUAAAAUACCCACUUUCGUUGCUACAGGGCCACGAUUCUAGCGAAGAUUGUUCGAAAGAGACUUCAAACGCUGUUCCGCAGCGUGUUCAUGAUAGUAUUAUGUACUUCCAUAACUUUAAGAAUGAUUAUCCUGCCAGUGUUCUUAAUACGCAUCCGUCACUCAUGAGCUGUCACAUUCUGAAAAGCGUUCUCGAAGAAGACGAAACGGUCUGCAAGCGAGUUAUAACGGUUUUAUUGGCUGCACUUCGUUCGAACGGAUCUUCAUUCGGUGUACACGUGUGCAUCGACCGUUCGGAUAGAUUUCUCCAUCAGUUCUACACGAAAUUAGGUUUUAUCGAUAUUUACAGAGACGACGGCGACUCUAAAUUGUAUUUAGGAAGGAAUUUCUGAUAGAGGAAUAUUGCUGUAGCGUGUUUUUUUUCUUGUUGCAAAUUUCGGUAUCUCGCAUUUGUUUUUUUAUCGGUGCUCAUAAUCAGAACUUCGACAUAUGACAUUAUGACAAGGAAAUUAUCUUGCUAUACUUUGUACUGUACUCCUAUCAACUAGAACGAAACGAUUUGUUUAGUCUUAUCAUGAUCAUAAUAUCCACUAUCGUGCAUAUGAAAUAGCGAUUUUUUGGAAUGCAUCACUAUUGUAAGCAGUAUAACAGCUUCAAGCCUAAUUAAUUAUUUGUAAAUUUAGUUAUUUAUCGGAAAUACAAAGAAACAAUAAUCAUGUUCAA